AUGAGCGACCAAGCACCCAUAGACUACACCGUCCCGGCCUUCCCAUCCCUCUACGUCCCCAUCAUCGGCGUCCCCCAAUCCCAAAACUAUCUCUACCAUCUAACCGACAUCUGGCGCUUCACACUCUACUGGACCUUGGUCCUGUACGCCGGCGCCCACGCGAUAGUAGCAAGUUUUGCGGUCGCAGUACAAUGGCGGAAUAUUAAGUGGAUGUGGGUUGUGCCCGUGGCUUAUAUGCUUGUGUCGGUGUUUGAGGCUUUGUUGGCGGGGAGUUUAGUUGGUUUGAUUGUCGGCUGGGUUUAUGAAGCGGGCAAUUUCUCCAUGACGACGUGGAUUCCUCUGGUUUGGGCUUGUAUUAAUGUUUUGGUUCUUAUUAUUUCCAGUUUUCCUAUGCAAGCAGCUAUGUGA